AUGGAAUGGCUGAAAGGAGCGGAACACGUUGCCAGGAACAACGACUGGGAUGACAACCAAAAAUUACGGUUUUUCUCAGAUCGGCUAAAAGGAGAAGCCCUUGAGUGGCACGGAGAAUAUAGUGAAGAGCAAAGGAAAGAACUUAACUAUGGAGAUUGGAGAGAAGCCAUCAUCGAAAGAUUCCAAGACGCUUUCGACUUAGCUACCCUCAAGAAAAAAUUAUUGAAACUUAAACAAAAACCAGAAGAGAAUUGCCGAGCAUUCGUGUCCAGAUUAAAUAGCCUAUAUGACAGCAUCGAAGGGAAAGAAGACAAAUUAGAUCAAGAUAAAACAACCAUCGUGGAAGACCACUACUUACAGCAACGGACCGAUACAAAACCCGAGGGCCAAAUAGCAACGAACGGCAAGCCAGAUCACCAUACUCAAGAGUCCGAUACCAACAAUGCCGAGACAGCAGCAGAGAAUCAACUUAUUCGCGUAGCCGAGAAGCUAGUUUCUCAAGGAGCAGAGACGGCAGCCCACACGGAGGAAAUUACAACCACACAUCAAAUCUCCGAGAAGGCCCAACGUCAAGAGACGAUGGAAAAAAUACCUCUAUUCCUUUGCAUUUUAACUACAUUUCAAUCUGCAAACACCAUUUAUUCUUCCGUUUGCGACUGUAAAAACGCAAAAGAAAGGGGAAUACUUUAUAUAAACUCACCGUUUUAUUGCGACAAAGAUAACUUAGAAAUUAAUCAUCAGCGUAGAUUCCCCACCAAUUAUACAUUAAUGACAAAACAAAAACCUAUAAAAACAUGGAAGGGUUGGACUUGUAAACAAUGGGUUAAAACCAAGAAGAUCACUGGAUCAUUUUGGAUAGGAUCAUUCGAUACAGUAUUUUCCCAAAGAACCAAAUUAAUCACCCCAUUAGAAUGCUGGGAUAUGGUGAAUGAUAAAAAAUGUGGAGGAAACAAUAUGCAAUCUAGUCCUACCACAAUUAGCUUUACAGCAACUCCAAUAGGAGAAGGUGUUUGGUACGCGACUAGAGAGUACCACGUAUUAAAUGGCCUAGCGGAAGAAAUAACAUUAAGACAAGAAUCCCCUAACAGUUUAAUCGAAAGCCCUUUUGGAUUUUUAAAUGCAACUCAGCAGGAUGGACAAAUAGUUCAAAACCAUAACACUAUAGUUUGGGGAGACCGAUCAACAAAUGUUUCCAGUUCACAAAUUAUUUUAAAAGGUGCAGGAUUUUUAGAAUUAACAAACACUAACACAAGCCGCCUACUAGAUAGUACCCGACAAAUAGAAAUAACAUUCUUUAACAAACCCGAUAGAGAAAACAAGGAAUUAACUCAACCUGGAUAUAGGUCCUGA